AUGCUGCUUAAUGCGGGAAACCAGAGCUCUGUGACCACCUUCAUCCUUUUGGGUUUCUCAGAAUAUCCACAUCUACAUGAUCCUCUGUUUCUCCUGUUCUUUACCAUCUACACAAUUACUCUGAUAGGUAACAUGGGCAUAAUUGUGGUCAGAAGGAUCAAUCCCAAGCUCCACACAUAUUUUCUCAGCCAUCUUUCAUUUUUGGAUAUAUGUUAUUCCAGUGUAUUUACACCUAAACUGUUAGAAAUUUUGAUUGUGGAAGACAGGACCAUCUCUUUCAAAGGAUGUAUGACACAAUUCUUUUUUAUAUGUGCAUUUGUGAUUACAGAAAUGUUCAUGUUAGCAGUGAUGGCCUAUGAUAGGUUUGUGGCUGUUUGUAACCCCUUGCUCUACACAGUUUCAAUGUCUCCUAAGCUCUGUGGUUUCCUUGUAGCUGGAACAUAUAUGUGGGGUGUACUCUGUUCCUUUACUAUCACAUAUUCUCUUUUGCAACUAUCUUACUGUGGACCUAACAUUAUUAAUCACUUUGGCUGUGAGUACUCAGCCAUUCUCUCUUUGUCCUGUUCUGACCCCACCUUCAGCCAAGUGGUAUGUUUAAUAAUUUCUAUAUUCAACGAGACUUGUAGCCUCCUCAUCAUUCUGGCCUUCUAUGUCUUCAUAGUUGUCACAAUCAUAAAGAUGCCUUCCAAGGGUGGACUCCAAAAAGCUUUCUCUACUUGCUUCCACCUGACAGCCAUUAUCAUCUUCCAUGGAAUCAUUCUCCUUCUCUACUGUGUGCCCAACUCCAAAAAUUCAUGGCUUGUAGUCAAAGUGGUGACUGUGCUUUUCACUGUCAUGAUCCCAAUGCUUAACCCCCUCAUCUACAGUCUUAGAAACAAAGAUGUAAAAGGGACAGUCAGCAGACUCAUGAGCUUAAAACUUCAUUCUCACACAGCCUAA